CGUUUGUCCCGUCACGCGUUCACCGGCGGCCCCCCGCGGAGCUUCUCGGCUGAUCGGCUGCAGGCGGCAGGUCUGAUGCCCCAGGCACGGACUCGCCCACGUCUGUCACCCUGAGCAUCCCGUCCGGAAAACAGCACUGUGGAUGCCUUGAAUCAUGAGUGUCUUGGGACCAUCCGCUCCGUCCACCAAAGCCAACGGAGUGUCCAGAUCGGACAGCAAGAUGAGCGCCAAGGCCCUCUACGAACAGAGGAAAAAGUACUCCAACUCCAACUUCAUCAUGCACGAGACGUCACAGUAUCACGUUGAGCAUCUCUCCACCUUCAUUAUGGACAAGACAGAAUCCAUUGUCACUGUGGAUGAUGCCAUCAAGAAACUAGUCCUUCUGGAUUCAAAGGACAAAAUAUGGACACAAGAGAUGCUCCUGCAGGUCACCGACAAGGCAGUCAGGCUCCUGGACUGUGACACACAGGAAGAGCUGGAGAACUUUCCUCUCCCCACCAUCCAGAUGUGUCAGACAGUGCUGAAUCAGACGCGUUACCCGUCCGUGCUGCUGCUCGUGUGUCAGGACAAAGAACAGCACAAGCCGGACAUUCACUUCUUCCACUGCGAUGAGGUUGAGGCUGAGAUGGUUCAUGCGGACAUAGACAGUGCCAUUGGAGACAACAAGCACGGAAAGAAGAUGAGGCUUCAGACGCUGAAGGUGAACCAGGAGAAAAUGACGCGUCACAGGGAAACCAUUCUCCCUCCCUCGCCCCCGAAGGGCCCCUCGCCCACUCCGAAGGGACGAGUAGCUGCCACAAACACCCAAGAAAAACGACUCUCUGCACAAAGUGACACGGAGUCGCAUGAGAAGCUGGCCCAGCGCAUUGAGAAGGACGUGCAAAUUCUCAACUGUGCCUUGGACGACAUCGAGAUCUUUGUGGCGCGGCUGCAAAAGGCAGCGGAGGCCUUUUCCCAGCUCAACCAGCGCAACAAGAGUAAGAAGAAUAAGAAGAAAGGACCAGCAGAGGGCAUGCUGACCCUUCGAGCCAAGCCCCCCACCGAAGCAGAGGUCAUCGAUAGCCUGCAGAAACUCAAGCUGGCACUCAACCUCUUGGCCAAACUGAAGAAACACAUACAGAAUCCAAGUGCGGCUGAGCUGGUUCAUUUCCUUUUUGGCCCCCUGGAACUGGUGUUGCAGAGCUGUGGAAGUCCUGAACUGCCACGUUCAGUCAUCUCUCCUCACCUCUCUAAAGACGCUGUUGAGUUUCUGCAUGGACACCUCACCCCUAAAGAGAUGACCAUCUUUGAGCUGCUUGGGGAUGGAUGGACCAAACCCAGAGCCGAAUGGCCCAGGGAAAGGUGCGCUCCACCUUAUUACCCAAAGUUUCGGAAUGGCUGGGAACCGCCCGCUGAGCUGUUCAGGACAGCCCCUUGGGAAACGGAGGGGCCAACAGGACCGCCAGGGUCUCCCACCAGCCCUGAUUACAAGAAACACCCGACACAGGAUUUUUAUGGAGGUCAUUCCCCAAACUCACCAAAUGGAUCCUAUAAUGGGAUGUCCCAGAUCCGGAAAUAUGCCAAAAUUCGCUACCACUUUGUAGCGCGAAAUGCCAACGAGCUGUCAGUGCUGCAAGACGAAAUCCUCGAGGUUUUAGAGGAUGACAAACAGUGGUGGAAACUGAGGAAUCGCAGUGGUCAGGCUGGCUACGUCCCCUUUAACAUACUUGACGUUGUGAAGAUAGAGGAACCGGAUGCGACGUACAAUCAGCAAGGCUAUAGGACGUCCCCUCCUGGUUCUCUAAGCCAUGGAGACAGUUUCAACCAUGGCAGACCCAAAGACAAAGUAAUGGAUGAAGUCACCACUGAGUUAUUGAUGAUGAUCACCGCUAACAAACCACCAGCAAGAAAGUUCAGAGUGGAGCGGCCGUCUGGUACCCAAGUACCACUCACCCACGAUUCAAACCCAGAGCAGGUGACUGCAUGGCUCAACGCAAAAGGCUUUUCAAAAUCUACGGUUGAUUGUUUGGGGAUUCUGACCGGAGCCCAGCUGUUUUCACUCAACAAAGAGGAACUGAAGGCCGUGUGUGGAGAGGAAGGCGGCCGCGUCUACUGUCAGGUCACUGUGCAGAAAACACAGCUGGAGAAGACAAGUGGAGACUCUGAGUUGCAGGAGAUCAUGAAGCGGAGGCAAGAGAGGAUCGAAUCAGGCAGCAAAGACACUCCCUCCUCGUAGCUCCACGGCUGCAGCACCUUCUUUAAUCAGCCCUUUGUUAAUUAUCACCCACAGUAAAACACGACAGAAUGUUGUAUAAAUUUGAAUUGUAUAUUUAUUUUGUAUCAUGCAAUGUGUAUGUAUUCAAGUGGUUUCUUGUCUAAUUACAAUCCUUCUGUUUUAAAUGUCUCAUUAAAAAUUUGUCCUUAAACAGAGUUUUGUGUAUGAAAUGUAGUGUAACAUGUAAAAUGUUGUACAGUUUGGAUGAGUCUGUCAUUGAACUUGUGCAUGGACAGCACGCAUGAAUAUACAUAUGCAGUAUGUUGAUGUUUAUGCCCCUUGUCAAUAUUGCAGCUAUUUACUACUAUGACCUGGUAAAUAAGACGAUUUUAGCUAUUGUGUAUCUAAACUUGUGCCAGAAUAUGUGACACAUUUCCAGAUAUCUAGCCAAUAAUUUUCACUGUUUGCAGGGGAAGAAAAUCAAAAAACUCAUCUUAGUUGGUUUUAACAUAGGCACUUGCUGUUUAUAAUAACAAAGCAAGUUUGAGCUGUAGAGAAGUUCACAACAAUCCUGCACGAACUCAAUGUCAGUGGGAGAGAUGUGUUGUCAUGUGUUUUUUGCAGCUUCAUAAGCUACACUGACAAAGACAUAUAUGCAAGAAAAUCUGCUCUGUUGAUAAUUAAAUGAGCAUUUAUGCAAAACAUUCAAAGAAGCUGUAAAUAAAUUGGGAAGUAGUGUAACCUGAAAAAAGGUUUCAAAAUAAACUUGAUAAAUAUU